CCUGACGGGGAGUAAUCCAGCUACAUAAACAGCAUGAUAUUUAACAUGUGGAUUCCAUCACGCAUAGAUCAAUCAACAAAUAAGUAUGCAGUAUCCAAACAAAAUCAUCUGUUUCUACUCAAACGUAACGAGUAGUAUCCAAAAAGUGUGUCUGUUCUGUUGCGAUUGAUGAGGAUUUAUGUUUUAUAACAGCCAAAAAAAAGAAAAUCAUUAAUCAUUAAUUAUUUGAAAGACACAUUUGAUAACUAAGAAUGACGAGAAGCCAUUAAACAUCUUUAGUAACAUUUUGAAUAUGAUUAAAAAUCAGAUCAUCUUAUCAUUCGACGAGUAGAGUGUACUAGUUGUAUAAGGAGACUGUAACUAGUAUAGUACCGGUCUAUUUGACUGCGUAUCUGAAUCUGUAGAUGAUCGGGUUGCGCAUUAUUCACAUGCAGACAUGUAUAAUGCUUGAGAAAGGGAGCACACAAUCCAAGCAUAUUUUUGGUAUAUAAGUUACUUCGUAACUAUCAGCGCUAUCAGUAAGUUAUGCGCCUUUUAACGUUUUUGAGGCACGAUCGGAUUACGACCGAUAAACUCUAGAUCUGCAUCGAAACAUCUGAACUAUUCUACAACAAGGUACGCGAAUAGAUAAAUGCUGCAUGCGAGGACUAACAUAUCCCCGAUAACAUUAUUGAAUUCCAACUUGAAAUUUGGAGAAUGUGACGGCAUUGGAGCCAAAUAUAAACGGCGUGAAUUACCUCUAUAUUUCCUUAAGCCACUUGGUCAUUGUGAUUGUUCAAAUUUAUUUAUAAAUUUUACAACCCCAAUCCAAUGUAAAUUCAAGGAGGAGGCGACAAACCUCUUUAAACUUUGAUUUAACAGUUGUCAACGUGAGGACCAGGGACGUGUUUGUUUGCCAGUUAACGGAUUAAUCGGUAUUGACAAAAUCUUAAAGGACAGACGAGCACAUGCAUCGGAUGAUUGGAAGGUUUGAGAAGUAACCAAGAGAGAGGCAUCUUUAAACAUGUCUUCCAUAGGGUUGCUGAUGGUUGUUGUCGCUUUUGCAAGCACAGAUUGUCAGUUAAUAACUGAUGAAAAUGAAGCAUGGGCUUUCGUGAAUAGAGUGAAUGAUGAGUCUCAGGAAGUCUAUUUUAAAUCGAUUCAGGCGUCUUGGAAUUACAACACAAACCUAACGGAUCAUAACUCACAACUGUCGGUAGAAGCUAAACUGGUGGAGGCAGCAUUUGAAAAGGAGGUAGCUGCAAAUGCAUCGAGGUUCAACUGGACUGCAUUUCAAAAUGAAACUCUGAAGAGAAUUUUCAAAAAGGCCUCUGACAUAGGAUCGGCCUCUCUGCCCGAAGACAGGUUGACAAAGUUAAAGGUAAUAGAAUCUGAGUUAGAACGUCUAUACAGCUCUGCACAACUUUGUGAUGAUGAUUCAACGUGCAACAAUCUUGAUCCAGGUCUAACUAGGAUACUAGCAGAGUCACGUGACUAUGAUAAACUAUUGUGGGCGUGGUUUGGAUGGAGAAAUGUGUCCGGGAGAAAGAUGCGCAAUUUGUACAAGGAGUUCGUAAAUAUCAGUAAUGAGGCCGCACGCGCCAACGGAUAUGCCGAUACGGGCGAAUAUUGGCGUUCUUGGUAUGACAUGGACAAUCUACGUGAAGAAUGCCAAAAAUUAUACGAACAGCUCAAACCGCUCUAUCUGAAUUUGCAUGCCUAUGUAAAAAGGAAGCUCAUUGAUAAAUAUGGAGAAGAUAAAUUUCCUUCCACUGGACAAAUCCCAGCUCAUCUCUUAGGGAACAUGUGGGCCCAGAGUUGGGGAAAUCUCUACUCAGACUUGCUGCAGCCAUUCAAGAAUAAACCAAGUGUUGAUGUUACAGAGGCUUUGAAAGAACAGAAUUACACAGCACAGAAGAUGUUUGAAGUAUCGGAAGAGUUUUUUACGUCACUAGGCCUUAUUCCAAUGCCAGAGGAGUUCUGGAACCAUUCCAUGAUAGUAAAGCCUGAUGAUGGGCGAGAUGUCGUCUGCCACGCAUCUGCUUGGGAUUUCCUUAACCAAAAAGAUUUCAGGAUUAAACAGUGCACAGACAUCACCAUGUCUGACCUUAUUACAACACACCACGAGAUGGGCCACAUCCAAUAUUACCUGCAGUAUAAAAACCUACCUGUCGUCUUUAGGAGAGGAGCAAAUCCUGGUUUCCAUGAGGCCGUGGGGGAUGUCAUGUCUUUGUCUGUGUCAACCCCAAAACAUCUGAAAGAAAUUGGCCUUCUUGAGGAAGUCGUAGAUGACGAAGAAAGUGACAUCAACUUCCUUUUGAGCCAGGCUCUGAAGAAAAUAGCAUUCCUGCCUUUCGGAUACCUCAUUGACCAGUGGAGAUGGAGUGUGUUCAAUGGAGAGACUUCACCCGAGGAUUAUAAUAAAAAAUGGUGGGAUCUAAGAUGCAAGUACCAAGGAGUUUCUCCACCUGUACAAAGAACAGAAGACGAUUUUGAUCCAGGUGCCAAAUACCAUAUACCUGGAAACACGCCUUACAUCAGGUACUUUAUAAGCGAAGUCACCCAGUUUCAAUUCCACCAAGCUUUAUGUGAGGCAGCCAAUCAAACUGGACCACUCUACAAAUGUGACAUUUAUAAUUCAAAUGACGCCGGAACUAAGCUGGGUGAUAUGUUGAGUUUAGGCUCGUCUAAGCCAUGGGCAGUUGCCAUGGAGAAAGUAACUGGGAACACAACAAUGGACGCUGGAGCUAUAAUCGAAUAUUUCCAGCCACUGAUAACGUGGCUUGAGAAACAGAAUGAGGGAAUGGACAUUCAGUGGGACGAGGCUUGUCCUACAGAUCUGCCCGUAUACACUCUACCUACUCAAAGCCCUGAACCAGAAACAACUGACCCUACAGGAACCGGAAAUGUAGUUUUUCCAAACAUUUCACUGUUAAUCGUGUUAUGCUCAUGUUUGUUUGCUCUUUUAAAAGAAUGAAAUGUAUAUAAAUGAUAUAUAUGUAUAUUAUUACAAAAACUGUUAAGUCCAAAUAAGGUAAAUGACACGCAGUGUUUUGAUACGGGUCCUGAUCUGAAAUGAGAAGCCUGCUUUGAAUACCUCACAUUUUAUAACAACAACUUAAUUGAAGUGUUAACUUUUAGUUAUUUAUACAAAUGUAAUUAUGCAAAAUACGAUGUAAAAUAUGAAAUUUAUACUAAUAAAUUAAUUCUUCUGUUUAA